CCAGACACAAUCACCCUCCGACCAAGUUACAAGGUCUCCCUUCUCAAGCGCAUACUUUCUCGCGUAUUUUAUCAGUCCCUAAAGUGCGGUGCCUUCGCGUGAGCAGUUAGACCACCGCGAACAGUUAUUCAGAACGGACAGUUAGAAGCGAAACCGCUGUAGUCACGUAAAUAGAGGAACUAAUUCCGCGAAAGUUGUUUCCAUUGGUGGGUUAGUGUGAAUGGAAGUACUGCGUCAUAGUAAAUAUUUUUAGUGGUAUUUAUUAUUUGGAAACAGCACCAUCAUCGUCGUCCAAGCAAUGCAGUAUUGAAGCAAACAACGUCUCCUCGGACAAGGGUGGCGAUUAUCAACCUGUGCCACCUCUACCUGUGCAGUCGUCGAUCGUCGUCUCGAUCGCUAAAUAGGUGUACAUUGCAACAGUCAGUAUAGUGCGAGCACGGGAAGUUCUGACACACUGCCCCGCGCGUGCCCCUAAGGAGGGUGGUGAUGGAAACAAGCCUACACGGCUAAAACAACGUCGACUAUCAGGCGGAAUAACGUUAAGAAGAAGAAGUAUAUGUAAACAAAAGUGAUGAGGUGGACAAGUGGAUGAUCGAGGACGAUCGUCAAGUGCAAAGACACUGUUCGCGACUGGGGUUAAGGAGAAAGUUUAUCGUUUUGAAAGAUGAUUCUGCUGUUGCAGUUGGUGCUAGUGUUAAUCGGGCUGGUCCUGGUGCGAUUGAUUUAUCUGCUGCUUACGAUACGCAGCAGCUCACGGCGGAAUGUUGACAUACAAAGCUCGAUCGAAAGAGCCAAACGGAAAGGCCCAGUUAAAACGUUGAUAGUCAUUGGUUCCGGAGGCCACACGGCCGAAAUGUUGCAGAUAGUGGAACAUUUGGACUUUGGCAAGUACGCACCAAGGCAGUAUGUGAUAGCUGAGGCCGAUAAGACGAGUGUGGUGAAGGUGAUCGAUGUGGAGGUACGUCGAGAACCGGAUUUGAGCAAGCAGCAGUACGAAAUUGUGACCAUCACGCGAAGUCGUCAUGUUCAUCAAGGUUACUUCAGUUCGAUAUUUACUACCCUGAUUGCCAUUGGAAACAGUGUUCCGGUGGUGCUACGAUCUCGGCCAGAUCUGAUCUUGACGAAUGGACCAGGGACGUGCGUCCCCAUAUGCUUAGUGGCGUUCUUGGGCAAGUUGUUUUUCUUCAACCGGAACUGUAAGAUCGUUUUCGUGGAGAGUUUCUGUCGCGUGAAGAGUCUCUCACUUAGUGGUCAGAUUCUCCUGUGGAUUACGGAUCUGUUUGUGGUGCAGUGGCCCGGACUUGCGGGGAAUGGAGCCGCUUUCGGCCGGAAGAAAGAGUAUUUUGGGCGGUUAUCGUCCUGAAGAGGUUUCUCAGUGAGUGAAUAAUCCAGUUCGUCCUCCAUCAAUCUACCAACCAGUCCAGAUGAUCCAAUGUGAGAAGGAUGAAGACCAUUCGAUCAAUUGCAUGGGUGUGAAACAGAAUGAAUGAAUUUAUGUGUCUCAAUCGAUUACAAGGUUACAAGAUUUAACAAAAAUGCUUUAGGUUAGCACUGAUCUGGUGUAUCUGUUUUAUAUAUAAAUAUAUAUAGUCGGCGUAGUGGUUUAAAAAUAAUUUAUAGAUUCAACUUUGUCACGAGAUGAGCCGGCCAAGGGCCGAAAGUCUCGUUAAUAAAGACAAUAAUAAUAAGGUUAGACUUGUACAAAAA